GUGGACCCGGAAACGAUUCUGCGGAGCCGAGGACCCCUCCGAAGCAUAAAGGGGAAUCGUUUCUACAGUGUCUUAUUACAAUAUGAUGAAAAUUGGAUUCUUUUUGACAAUUGCAAGCAUUCAGCACAAUGGUUGGAUAAAGAUGAAGUGCCAAAACAUAGUCUAAAACAAAUGUUCAUCAAAAACAGUGUUUACUGGAUGUGGAGACUACGUCCUAUACAUGUGGCAUGAGUCAGAAGAGCAUCAUGAACACAUUCUGUCAUUGAUAGCCAAAGACAUAGGAUUUUCCUCAUUAGUACUUGGACUCUGUGAGUGAAAACCCGGGGAAGACACUUUUUGGCUGAGCUAGUAGAAUGCAAUCACAGGGACCCAUGACCUUUAAGGAUAUAGUUGUAGACUUCACGCAGGAAGAGUGGGCCUUGCUGGACACCUCCCAGAGGAAACUUUACAGAGAUGUGAUGCUAGAGAACAUUAAUCAUCUGGUCUCCAUUGGCAAACAGCUGUGCACCUCAGGUGUGCUUUCCCAUUUGGAGCCAGGAGAGGAACUUGCAAGAGAAGGAGGAAGUUUUAUCCAAGGCCAGAGUCCAGGUAGAGAAGGUGACUUUAAACAAGAAAUGACAUCCAUGCAACAUAUCUGUCAGAAGGACACAUCCACUGUGAGCACAAUGGUAACUCAUACUCAAGAGGAUCUUUUUGAAUGUAAUAAUUUGGGAGAAGAUUUUAUUGAUCAUAUAGCAUUGACUCAAACUAUGAUAACUCACAUGGGAAAGAAACACUACAUGAACAAAAAGUUUGGGAAACCCUUCAGUGACUGGUUAUCCUUUAAUCAGUAUAAGGAAAUUCAUACUAGAUGUAAAUCACAUCAAAAUCAUCUAUGUGGUUAUCUCUUUAAUCAGAGAUCUUCAUUUAAAAAACACAGUAAGACCCACACUGGAGGGAUAACAUUUGAAUGUGAUGUGUGUGGCAAAACUUUCAGUAAAAGUUCUAAUCUUAGACGACAUGAGAUGAUUCAUACUGGAGAGAAACCACAUGGAUGUAAUCUGUGUGGAAAAGCCUUUACUCAUUGCUCUGACCUUAGAAAACAUGAGAGAAUUCACACUGGAGAGAAACCAUAUGGGUGUCAUCUAUGUGGGAAGGCCUUCAGUAAAAGUUCUAACCUUAGGCGACAUGAGGUAAUUCAUACUAAAGAGAAAACACAUAGAUGUCAUCUGUGUGGGAAAGCUUUCGCUCAUUGUUCUGACCUUAGAAAACAUGAGAGAACCCACUUUGGAGAGAAACCCUAUGGAUGUCCUCUAUGUGGGAAAGCCUUCAGUAAAUGUUCUUAUCUUCGACAACAUGAGAGAAUUCACAAUGGGGAGAAGCCAUAUGAAUGUCAUCUAUGCGGAAAAGCCUUCUCUCAUUGUUCUCACCUUAGACAACAUGAGAGAACUCACAAGGGAGAGAAACCACAUGGAUGUCAUCUAUGUGGGAAAGCCUUCACUGAAUCUUCUGUGCUUAAACGACAUGAGAGAAUUCACACUGGAGAGAAACCUUAUGAAUGUCAUGUAUGUGGGAAAGCUUUCACUGAAUCUUCUGACCUUAAACGACACGAGAGAACUCACACUGGAGAGAAACCAUAUGAAUGCAGUAUAUGUGGAAAAGCCUUCAAUCAUUCUUCUGUCCUUAGACGACAUGAAAGAACUCACACUGGAGAGAAACCAUAUGAAUGUGGUAUAUGUGGUAAAGCCUUUAAUAGAAGUUAUAACUUUAGACUUCAUAAGAGAGUACACACUGGAGAGAAGCCAUAUGUAUGUUCUAUAUGUGGGAAAGCCUUUAGUAAGUGUUUUAACCUUAGACAACAUGAAAGAACUCACACUAAAAACAUAAUAAAUGUGUACAGUUCAUCAACCAUAGUUUCAGCCCCUAAAGACACCAGAGGACUAACACAUUGAAGAAACAUGUUUAUAAUCAGUAUGGGAAAACUUAUUUAUCAUUAGUACUUCACUCAACCUAAAUUAAUUCAAAAUGGCCAGAAUCAAUAUAUAUUUCAUGCAAAUGACACAAACUUUAGACAUCGGACUGACCAUUUAUAAUGUGAGAGAACCAAACUAUGAAUCAAUUAAAUGUGGAAGAAUUUGUAUCCACAAUCCUACCUGUUAAACAGAAAGGGAGAUAUGACACAAGAGAAAUUCUGUGUCAGUUAUCAAUGUGAAAAUUCCUUCAUUUUUGAUUUAUCUUUUAAAUAAGUGAGUAAUAUCCACAGGAGAGAACCCCCAUGUCUGUAAUUUCUGCUCACUCAUUUAGUUAAUCACCAGUUUGGGGGUACGCGGUACGCAGAAGAAAAGUCAGCCUAGUGUAACUGAUAAAACAGGAAAUAAGUGAAUAUGUUUUUUCUUAGGUGGAUGAGACUUCUUGAACAAGUCCAGAUAUUCAUAGUGGAAAAGUAACCCAAUGAUGAAAAAUCAUGAGAACUCUUUAUUAAUAGAGUGACACUUGUAGGGGAGGUCAGUAUUCACAUGGUAUAAAAUGAUGAAUGAGGGAAAUUCUUCAGUUAGUUACUCAUUCUCUAGUCAAUACCAAGGUUUUACCAACGGUCCUUACAGGAAGGUGGAAAAGUCAGACUGGGAAGAAAAUUCUAAAAAGCCAUUGAGUGUAUACUUGAGCAAAAAAUUAAGAAUUUUGGACAGAUUUGUUAUUGAAAAUACGUAGGGUAAAAUGUACAAUUCUGAAGUG